AUGUCUUUCACGAUACAAUCAUUCGUACUUGUUCCAUGGUUCCUAGUACUAGUCGUAUUCGCCGUCGUCCUCGCAGCCGGUGUACAAAACUCUCCGGAGCCGGCGAUGUUUCCGGCGAUGUUUGUGUUUGGAGACUCUUUGGUGGACAACGGAAACAAUAACCGGUUAGAUUCACUUGCUAGGUCAAACUAUCUCCCUUAUGGCAUCGAUUUCGAUGGAGGUCAACCCACCGGUCGCUUCUCUAACGGCAAAACCAUCGUCGAUUUCAUAGGAGAGUUGCUAGGGCUACCGGAGAUACCGGCGUUUAUGGAAACGGUAGACGGAGGAGUUGAUAUUCUCCGGGGAGUCAACUAUGCGUCGGCUGCCGGAGGAAUCCUAGAGGAAACCGGUCGCCAUCUGGGAGAGAGAUUCAGCAUGAGAAGGCAAGUAGAGAAUUUCGAGAAGACAUUAAUGGAGAUAAAGAGGACAAAAGAGUCGACUGUAAAAGAGUAUAUGGCAAAGUCAUUGGUGGUUGUGUCAUUGGGCAACAAUGACUACAUUAACAAUUACUUGAAACCAUCGCUUUUCCUCACAAGCUCCAUUUACGACCCAACUUCUUUCGCCGACCUCCUUCUCUCCAAUUUCACCACUCAUCUACUUGAAUUGUAUGGAAAGGGGUUUAGAAAAUUCGUAUUAGCCGGUAUUGGUCCAUUGGGUUGCAUACCAGACCAACUAGCCGCCCGAGCGGCUCUGCCGGGUGAAUGUGUUGCUGCGGUUAAUGAGAUGGCUGAGCUUUUCAACGACCGCCUCAAGUCGCUGGUGGAUCGUCUCAAUUCCGAUAACAAAACCACCGGAGAAGGCAUUUUUGUCUAUGGCAAUACUUAUGGAGCAGCCGUGGAUAUCCUCACCAACCCAUUUGCUUAUGGUUAA